AUGGCUACUAGAGAGUCAAUUAAAAUCUUUACCAAUCGAAACUGCCCAUGGGCACACCGUGUUCAUAUUGUGCUGGCAGAGCUGGGUCUACCAUUCGAGGAGGAGAUCAUUGACUACAGCAAACCAAGGCAGCCCGAGUAUCUCAAGAUCAACCCUCGUGGACAAGUUCCCACAUUGACAUAUGGCGACUAUAUCAUUUUCGAGUCAGCUUUUAUCGCACAGUUUCUAGUUGACUCAGUCACAUCGACUCACUUGACUCCACGCACUGGAGAAGCCCAAGGAGCCCUCAUACGCCACAGAAUCGCCUUCUUUGUCGAAACAUACUUUUCAAAGGCCAAUAUCUACUACUACCGGGCAAUCGAAGCCAAAACUGACGAGGAUGCCGAUGAGCUCGGCAAGCGGUAUGUUGAAGCCGUCGUCAAAGAGGUUGAGCCACUCUUGCGAGACGCGAAACCCUUCUUUGGUGGCAGUGACAAGCUGACCAUGGCCGAGGUUCUGACCGCCUCCUUUAUCCUGCGGAUUUUCACGCUGCCGUACACCGAAAAUGCACCAUUGCCAAAUACCAUGGUAGCUGGCUUGGAAGAAAAGGCGCCAAAAUUCUUCGCGUGGGCCCAGGCUGCCAUGAAGCAUCCGUCUGUGAACGGUAUCUAUAACAAAGACGGUUGUGCGGCCGAGAUGCGUGAUCGACGAGCUAAGGCUCGUGGUUUG